AUGCGUUUCUCAGCAGCAUUCAUCUCAACCCUUGUGCUGUCUAGUACAGCUCUAGCUGGAUCUGCCAACCAGACAUCCCCGUCAGCUCAGGCAGAUGUUGAGACACAGUCCAUUGCUCAGCAGGACUCUAACGCUGAUCUUGUGUCAGAGACUCCUUCUGUCGCCGGUACCCCGAAUCAUCCCGCCAACGCUGCUCCUACUCCAUCGGAUACCACAGAAGUGACCCACCAUGCUGCUGCGACAGCUGACCCUUCCGAUAACCGAGAGGAGAGUAACGAGGCUACCGAUAUCCCAGGUAUUGAACCAUCGCAACAGACGUCCCAUCCAAGUGCCCAGAAGUCCGCUGGCACUAACAUCGCUGGAGUCAACAAUGAUCCAAUGACCGUCAGCAACUCCGCCCCCUCUGCCCCUAGCUCUGGCAUGCAGACUGGCCAGAACACAGAGGCUCCGGGCUCAAAGCCUUCUGGCACACCAGCUUCUGAGCCCGCAACUGUGACCCGAACCCGUACUGCUGUAAGCAGUAGCAGUACAUAUAAUGGCGAUGAUGACGAUGACACUCUGCUUAGCUCCUGGAGCGAUUUUGGCAAUUUUCUGGAUGGAUUGAAAGGUCUUCUUUCACCCACGUUGCUGGAAGAUAUCGAGUCAUUCUUCCACCAUGUUGCUUGGUUACUGGAUGAUCAGACGACCACAAACACCAAGAACCUAAUCAACACUGCUAAUGGACUCCUCACCAAGAGCCUUAUCAACAAGCUAGAGGCCCUUUUGGACAAUGCUAGCGCUCUUUUGACCCCUGAGGUAGUCAAGAAUCUCAAGGAAUUGCUUCCAGAGCUCUCACCUCAGCUUCUGAAGGAAGCGAGCAGCUUGCUUGACAAUGCCAAUAAGCUUCUUACUCCCGAGACCACAUCUGAACUACAGAAGUUGAUCUCGAUCGCGGCGCCAGUUAUCAAACCAGAGCUGUUCCAGGAAAUUAACAGCUUGUUGGCUAACGGCAACAAGCUCCUCACUCCCCAAUUUGUUGAUGAAACAAAGUCCUUGAUCGGCACUGUGGCACCAGUGAUCACCCCCGAGCUGCUGAAGGAGGUGAACUCCCUGCUUUCGAAUGGUAAUAAGUUGCUCUCGCCCGACUUCAUUGACGAGACCAAGUCUUUGAUUGGAGCCGUGGCACCCGUGAUCACACCAGAGCUCCUGAAGGAGGUCAACAGCCUACUUACCAACGGUAACAAGCUUCUUACCCCCGACUUCAUCAAUGAGACCCGUAAUUUGAUCGGUACCGUGGCACCUGUGAUCACCCCCGAGCUGCUGAAGGAAGUGAACUCUUUACUUUCCAAUGGCAAUAAGUUGCUCUCGCCCGACUUCAUUGACGAGACCAAGUCUUUGAUUGGAACCGUGGCACCAGUCAUUACACCCGAGCUUCUGAAGGAGGUCAACAGUCUACUUUCCAAUGGCAACAAGUUGCUGUCGCCUGACUUUGUCAAUGAGACUAAGGGAUUGAUUGGUACUGUGGCGCCAUACAUUACGCCUGAGCUCCUCAAGGAAGUCAACGCGCUGCUCUCGAAUGCCAACAGUCUUCUCACAGAGAAGACGACCAAGGAGUUGACCGGUCUUUUGGAUAUGCUUGGGCCAGUCUUGACGCCCCAGCUCUUGCAGAAUGUCUCUUGGCUGCUGGGCAACGGUACCAAACUGCUUAACCCCGUAUUCGUCAACCGGACGGCUGGUCUGAUUGAUGAUAUUGCACCUGUUAUCACACCUGAGCUUCUGGGCCAAGUUGGUGGAUUGCUGAACAAUGCGGACGAUCUUCUCACUCGGAAGUUUGUGAACGAGACACAAAUUUUGAUCGAAGAUGCUGCUGAUAUUCUUCCUCUCGUCACAGAACUAUUGAAUUCGCUGUGA